AUGAAGUGGACGAUACUAUUCGCGGCGUGCUGUGUUCUCUUAAGCGAGACUGUGCAGUGCAUCAGCGUUAGACACUAUCUGGAAGAAGAAGAAGCAUCAUCACCUAAGCUGGUGAAGUUUUCAUUUAACAAGCAUCAAGGAAGGACAUUUACCGCUAGUGAAGAGUUGUCUAAGAGGGAUAAAGAUGUUACUUUUGACUUGAAAAAUGAACAAAAUUUUUAUUCGAUAAAGCUUAGUGUUGGUACCCCUGGGCAAGAGGUAGUUGUACUGCUGGAUACGGGAUCUUCUGAUCUCUGGAUACCGGGAUCUGACAAUCCGUACUGUAAGGAAUCAUCUUCGUUUUCGAUAUCGAAUCAAGGUAAGGAAAACGGGGCAGAAGGACCAUUUCAGACACUUCCCGGCGGCGUUACUGCUACGAAUAUGAGCGGUGGCUCUACAGCCAGCGCGACACUGGAUUGUAAAGAAUUUGGUACUUUUAAUCGUGAAGAUUCCAAGACCUUCCAUUCUAACGAUACCGAGUUUUCAGUUUCAUACGGUGAUACUUCGUAUGCCAUAGGUACAUGGGGGUACGAUUCGAUUAAUAUCAAUGAUGUUAAUUUGACCAAUGUUAGUAUUGGUGUUGCCAACAAGACGAAUUCCUCUGUAGGAAUAAUGGGCAUCGGUCUCUCCAAUUUAGAAAAUACUUAUACAGGAGUGGAAAACGUAAAGAAUAGGAACACUCAUAAGUAUUUGAAUUUCCCCAUGCUGUUAAAGGAACAAGGCUUUAUCGAGAAAAACGUAUACUCGUUGUUCUUGAACAGAAGGGAAGCUUUUGAAGGUAGUAUACUUUUUGGUGCCGUUGAUCAUAGUAAAUAUUCCGGCCAAUUGUAUACUGUUCCCAUGCUCAAUCUGUACCAACAACAGGGUCUCAAGGAUCCAUUACAAUUACAAGUUACUUUACAAGGUGUUGGUAUUGAGGCAAACAAUAUGACAAAUACGACUAGUACUACCCCGGUACCGGCUUUAUUAGAUUCAGGUACAACUCUAGUCUAUUUACCUGAUAAGAUGCUUGCCAUGUUAGCGGAACAAUUAAACGCUCACUGGGACAGAGGUAUUGGAUAUUAUGUGACCGACUGCUCCCGUGUGGAUAACACCAACCUAUAUUUUAAUUUUGGUGGGUUUAACAUUGUUUCUAAUAUGUCCACAUAUGUGGUUAGCCGUAGUAAUGAAAAUAGUUGCGUACUAGGGCUUCAACCUGGUGGUCCUGAAGCUGCCAUCCUGGGUGACAUGUUUAUGCAACAUGCCUAUAUCGUUUUCGAUCUAGACGAUUUUGAAAUUUCCAUGGCUCAAGCGAACUACGCUGGUGGAAAGAAUCAGUUAGAAGCUGUCACCCAGCAAGUUCCUAGUGCUAUGAAAGCACCAGGUUACUCUCAUACUUUUUCCGGUUCUCAAGGCAUUACUGGUGGCGGUAAUAUUUUUUAUGCCACUUCUUAUAGUUCAAGUUCUGGUUCUUCCACAAGCACUAGAACUUGGAGUGGAAGAAAUGCUGCUGUAGAUCUAGCACCAGCACCCAUGCUUGCAUUCUUUGCGCAUUUCAUCUAUUCUUUUUUGAUUUGA